GCGGCUGCAUUCGGAGUAAGCCGGUCAAGGAUUGAGGGGGCCUCACGGGCAUCCAUAAGGAUGCGGAAUCCUUCCCGUACGCUACCCAUGUCCGAAGCCGACGGUAGGUACUCCUACCCGGAAUCGUCAGCAUUGGCGGAGAAUCCGUUCAGUUUAAAGCGAUCGUGCGACUGGCGGUUGGAUUAAGGUGAAUCGUCUCGCAUUGCCACUACCCAUCGGAUGACCCACAUCGUGACAGGACCAGCUUCUGUACGAUAGCACUGGUUCCUUUUGAGGCACGUCGCAAAGCCGCGGAUCAACACGCCCACGCUAAUUCCGUCUAGAUGCCAAAUCCUUUUCGUUCGAGAAUAUUAUCUUCCGAGGGGGCGGUGCCCCAUCGAGAGUCGUCUCAUUCGAGCGGGACCCCGUUCACUGAGUGGUUGGUGCUUCACCUAUCACCAUGGUGUGGUUUCUCACGGCAGCGCUCUGUCUGACUGUGCCGGCGGCGGUGGUCGUCCAAGGCCAGACUCGGGACUGCGAAUUAGGUCCGAAAAAAAUCACCUCCAGACCACCUGCGUUUUCCCUUGGGGAUUUAGGGAAAUCCAUCGCUAUUUGGAGUGAAGUUACCGUGCCAGCCGUCAAGGAGACAUACGUCGUCCGAGAAGUUUUCGACAAAGAAUCGGACAGGUACUUCCUGGAAUUCUACGAUGACAAGAAAUUCUGGAAAGUGCUCGUCGAUCGUAAGCUCGACUUGUACUACACCUACACCGAUGACAAAUGCAAUCAGUUGGAGAAAAAGGCGCUCGCUGAUUUCUUGAAGCGAAAUUAUCUCUUCAAAGCGCUCGGGCUAUUCGAAGUACCGGAUUCAGGAUUCCUCGGACCGGCAUCACUCUUCGACGCUUUCGCCAACGGCAACGGAGAAGUCGGAGGCUUCAACAACUGCGAAGACUUUGACCGACUCAUACCUUGCGAAAAAUACAAUGUUUGCAAAGGCGGUGAGAUCACCUACUGGUAUAGCGACAAGAACUAUCAGAGCUCCGGCCAGGCGAAGAGUCGACCCCUUCGUUUGCGGAUGGCGGUAGGAGUUACAGUCGACAUUCUGAGCACCAGGGUCUUCGACAAAAGCCAAGACCUUUUCAUCCCCACCGGUCUCUCGUGCAUGAAUUCGAAGUGUCCCCAUCCUAAGAUGCCUUUCGAUACCGGUCGCCGCUCGUUCGUCGGUGAAGUCGUGAUAAAGACCGACUCGAGCGAUUACACUCUCGUUUCGCAGCUCAACGGACUGGUGAUUCCGGCGCCCGACAGCAAGCCCGACGACUCAGAGCUCUCGGGAAUCUAUUCGUUCAGCAUGUCGACUUUCCGAAUCGACACCAACGGGAUCGACAUCGUUCCCAGCGACCGAUACCAGGUCAUUCAUGACAUCGGACACAACGUCGUUUACGAACGUUUCACCAAAGACGACCCCGACGACGUCGCCCUACAGCAGACGACUUGCAAGAUCCUAUCCGGUGAAGACUUCCAUUUGGAGCUGCAAAUCCCACCCUACGGAAGCAUCGACCUCGAGCCGAUAUUCCUCAGAGCUCCCGUCGACGCAUCCGGCAGCACAGUCACCCAUCUGGAACAAAACCGAAUAGGUUCCACAAAAACCGAUGUCUACGAGGUGACCUUCUCCGAUCUCUACACCGGCAACGGUUACCACCUGGACAGUCUCGUUGCCACGUACCACAUGUCCACGACGGUGAAAUCGCAAAUCGUCGCGGUUGAGCUCAAUGCGUUCAACACGUCAUACGCAAACGUUUUCACGGCCACGAUCUACCUGAGCAAAUACGACAACGAGAUCACCCAGCUGAACGAGAAGCUCCGAGUCGACGACUGUCCCGCCUUCCUGGACAAGAGCGAAUCUCGUUGGCUCGAGAUCAAGUUCAACGACGGCAGCUUCCAGAAUCUCGCUCAGAUCGAGAAGAGCGCCUUCCAGAUCCGAGACGCGUUCACCGAGAAGCUCUACCGGGACUUCGGUGUCGAUCCGAUGCGGAUCCCGCAAGUGAACGUCGACUUCGUCGACCAAUCGGUUGUGGUCAACGCCCUUCUGCUCGAGAGACCGAUGCUGUACAAAGCUUUCAACAGCCCCCUAAUGAAAGACUUCAGUGUUCCCUCAAGGGUUCUCGGAGUCAUGAGCCAGCCCGCCUGCAUGAUCGCCUGCCUCGGAAUGCGGGAGAACGAAUGCACCGCGAUCACGUACUGUGGCGCCACCUGCAGUAUCAGCGACCUGCGGAACCCGUCCGCCAGCGCGCACGUGAAAGACUCGCGAUCAUGCGAACUGUAUGAGAGAGCAUUCGAUCGCGAGAUUCCGGUCUCUUCUCGGAUUUUGCUCGAUCUGAAGAGGGCUGUGACCACGACAGACACGAGAGAGAAGCUGAGCCUGAAAUUCCAGGUCGACGCAGUGGAUGGAUCCAGCGAGAAAUCACAAGUUGAGAUCACCGCACUCGAAAUGGAUGACACGAAGAACUACGACAGUGCGUUCCAUUACGACGAGAACAAGGUGGCCGUCGUCGAGACGUCAUUCAAGAUAGCAGCGGCCUCGAGCAGAUUCAAACACAACGAGAUUGCUUCUCUGGGAUCUCUCGACCUUGAGGUCUGCGCGAUAGCUUGCAAAAAUCGUCAGAAUUGCGAAAGUUUCAGCUAUUGCAUGAACAGCAUGGAGUGCAUUAUCUCAGAAUAUCACGAUGUGCCUUCCGGAAGGCUCGAAGAGGACAAUGAAUGCAUCGCUUAUCAAAGAAAGUACACGGAUCGAUUCGAAAGAUUUCCGGGGCUGACCGCGGGUCCGGCAGGAGCCCCAACCAAAGCUACUAACGCCGACAGCUGCGCCCAGAAGUGUAUCGGAAGAGAGGAUUGUAAGUCUUUCGAGUUCUGCCAAUCGACCGGUGACUGUUUCUUCUUGAACACCCACAUCGCAGAUGCCUCCGUCGUUGCCAAGGCGAGUAAUAUCAUGUGCGACCACUAUUCGAAGAAGUACCUCUUCGAUUACACAAUCAUGCCGAAGAAGAGAGGAACUGGAGCGAAACGAACUGAAUUGGCCAACUUCUCCAAUAUAACUCAAGCCACCUGCGCGAAAAUGUGCUCCGAAUGGUCCGAUGUCGACACUGUCUGUCUCUCGUUCGACUUCUGCUCCCCCGCACCAGACAAUACCGGACUGUGCACACUGCGCACUGUUGACGGUCGCGGGAAGCCGACGGACAGCCCGACAUGCAAUUUCUUCUACGUCACGGUACCGCCGACCGUGGGCGUCGUUAAACACGGUGCCGGAUCGGCGAUUGGUCUUUCCGUUCUCAUGCUUUUCAUCGGAGCGGGGGUCGCCGUUGGAAGUCUACUGCUCUACGGCAGAUUCCUCGGCUGAGCGUAGAUAAGUUUUUGAUCGAUGUUUGUACAUUGGAAAAAUCGGGAAAAUUUUCUUUGCUCACUAAAGUGGAAUCCAUGAGAGUUCGACAU